AUGCGACGGGUUAUAGGAUCUUCCAAAGGAUCAGAGUCAUACAGCAAACUCGAGCAAAACAAAGAAAAACCUGCCGGGUCGGAGGUACGGCCGCCAGCAAAGCUGUUGCCCCUCGCCAGCGGCCCGGCCCCGUCUCGAACUUACCGGCCCCCUUCCCGCACUGUCCCGCCCCGUCUCGCACUAACCGGCCCCCGUCCCGCACUGACCUGCCCGUCCCGCACUGACCUGCCCCGUCCCCGCACUGACCUGCCCCGUCCCGCACUGACCUGCCCCGUCCCGCACUUACCGGCCCCGUCCCGCACUUACCGGCCCCGUCCCGCACUUACCCGCCCCGUCCCGCAUUUACUGGCCCCGUCUCGCACUUACCGGCCCCGUCCCCCACUAAUCGGCCCCCUUCCCGCACUGACCUGCCCUUCCCGCACUGACCUGCCCCGUCCCGCACUUACCGGCCCCGUCCCGCACUUACCGGCCCCGUCCCGCACUUACCCGCCCCGUCCCGCAUUUACUGGCCCCGUCUCGCACUUACCGGCCCCGUCCCCCACUAAUCGGCCCCCUUCCCGCACUGACCUGCCCCUUCCCGCACGACCUGCCCCUUCCCGCACUGACCUGCCCCGUCCCGCACUUACCGGCCCCGUCCCGCACUUACCCGCCCGACUCCCGCACUUACCCGCCCCUCCCGCAUUUACUGCCCCGUCUCGCCUUACCGGCCCCGUCCCCCACUAA